GGUGUCUUUCUUUUUGCAGAGGAUAGAUUGGCUGAGGUAGUCCGUCUGAGAAAGGGGGAAUGCUGCAAACUCAGAUUAAAGAGCUGAAAGGAGGAGUUGAUUUUGCAAAAUUAAAAGGAGAUAGAUUGGCCGAGGUUGUCCCUCUAAGAAAGACGAAAUAUUGAAAACUCAGAAGAGCUGAAAGAAGUAGUUGAUCUUGCAAAAUUAAGAGGUGGCAGAUUUCGUGAAAAAAAAAAUUACAGAAACAGAAAAUUACAUUUGGACAAAUGGAAAUUAUUUUUUCAAUUGUUGGAAAAAUAGGAGAAUACUCGGUCCGUCCAAUUGGGGAACAGUUUGGCUAUAUUAUUUCCUACAAGAGCAAUAUCGAAAAUCUUAAAAAGAAAAUUCCAAUGCUAGCUCAGAAGAAAGAGGAAGUGCAACAAUCUCUUGAUAGAGCCCAAUGGUUUCAAGUAGUAGUUCCAGGGGAUGUUAAGCCGUGGCAGACAGAUGUGGAGAAAAAAAUUGAGGAGGUGCAGAAAUUCCUUGAACAAGAUGUCAAUGCUAAUGGGAUGUGCUUGAAUGGUUGGUGUCUGGAUGUGAAGUUACGCUAUUCUUUGGGUAAGAAAGCUCAAAAGAAUACUCAAGCCGUCGAUGACUUGCUAGAAAAAGGUAAAGAUUAUGCUAGGGUGUGCACUGAUAAAACUCCAUUGGAAGUAAGGUUAUCAUCCACAGAUGAACAGUUUAAAGAUUUUGAAUCACGAAAAUCGAUGAUUGGAGAUGUUUUGGAAUCUCUACAGGAUGAAAAUAUCGACAUGAUUGCAUUAUACGGUAUGGGAGGGAUCGGCAAGACAAAAAUGGCCAAAGAGAUUGAGAGAAGAGUGAAGUCUGAUAAUUUAUUCCAUAAAGUUGCCACUGCGGUUGUGUCUCAAAGUCCAAGUUUGGAAACGAUUCAAUGUGAACUUGCAGAAAUGCUAGGUUGUAGUCUUAAUUCAACGACUUCACGUGGAAGAGCACAAGAAUUAUAUUCAAGAUUGACUGAGAAUAAGAAUGUCCUUGUGAUAUUAGAUGAUGUUUGGGAACCACUUGAUUUUGAGGCUAUUGGAGUUUAUCAUGCAGUUCAAGAAAAGAGCUGCAAAAUAUUGUUGACAUCGAGAAAUGAAGAAACUUGCAAUGUGAUGAGAAUUCAGAAGAUUUUUCAAGUUGGACUUUUAUCUGAAGAAGAAGCGUGGAAUCUUUUCAUAAAGAUGACAGGUGAUUGUACGAAUACCUCCAAUCUAAUCUCAAUUGCAGAACAGGUUGUGAAGGAAUGUGGACGUUUACCCCUUGCCAUUGUGAUAGUUGGAAGUCUUCUUAGCAACAAAAGCGACAAAAAUGAGUGGAAAGCCGCACUUCAACAACUUAAAAGGUCUAGGCCACUAGAUAUCAAUGGUCAGCAUUCAAAGGUAUAUUCUAGCAUAGAGCUCAGUUACAACUAUAUAAAAAGUGACGAUGCCAAAUCAUGCUUUUUGCUAUGUUGUUUGUAUCCUGAAGAUCAUGAUAUUCCGAUUGAACAUUUAGUCAGGUAUGGAGUUGCAAAAAGGUUUUUUGAAGGCUUGGAUACUGUGGAAGAAACAAGACUACAGGUCCAUAAGAUAGUUGAGGAUCUUAGAAGAUCAAAUCUCUUGUUAAAUAGCCACAAGGACGGAUGCGUCAAAAUGCAUGAUGUUGUACGAGAUCUUGCCAUAUCAAUUGCAUCCAAAGAAGAAAAUGGUUUUAUGGUAAAGUUGGACAAAGGACUUAAAGAUUGGCCACCGACGGAUAGAUCAUAUGACAGUUACACCGCAAUUUCUCUUUUACUUGAAGAAAUGAAAGGGCAUCCUACUGAGUUGAAGUGUCCCAAACUUCAGCUUUUGCGACUAUCAUGUUUAAACCAUUCAAAAACGUUCCCAGGCAAUUUCUUUAAUGGCAUGAAGGAGCUGGAGAUGUUGUCUAUGCAAAAAGGUUGCUUCUCCUCAACAUCUUUGCCACUAUCAAUCCAGAUCCUCAAGAACCUUCGAAUGCUGAAUCUGCAAAGUUGUCGCUUAGGAGAUGUGUCGGCAAUUGGAACUCUUGGAAACCUAGAAAUUCUUGGCUUUCCUAAUUCGGAGAUUGAGGAAUUGCCGUUGGAAAUAGGAAAUCUUAGUCGAUUAAAAUUACUGGAUAUGAAGGGAUGUGAUUAUCUAAAUAGAAUUGCAGCUGGUGUAUUAUCUGGUUUAUCUCAACUAGAAGAAUUAUACGUGGGAGAAUUCACAAAUUGGGGAUGUACGACUAAGAUGGAGGGAAAUGGAGAAGUAACAAAUAAUAAUGCAAGCCUUGCUGAACUAAUUCAUUAUUCCAGUCAACUGGUGGUUUUAGAAAUUAGUGUACCAAGUAUCUUGUGCUUGCCAAAAAAUUUGCACUUCAGUAACUCCGAUUUCAGAUUUGAUAUAGAGAUUGGUGAUAUAGAGAUUAUUGGUGAUAUAGAGAUUAUUGGUGAUAUAUAUAAUCGGAGAAAUGGGAGAUAUUUAUUUGAAAAUACUUUGAUACUCGAAAUAGAGGAUGCAAGUGAUCUUGAGGAACACCAAACAAUUCGUUCACUAUUGAAGAAAGCUGUAGUUUUGGAGUUGACUAUUGCAAAAAAUUCAAAACAUAUUUGGUUUGAGAAAGAGCACAAAGGAAUUUUACCAUGCAGCUUGAAGGAUCUAAAAAUUUCUAGAUGUGAAGAUUUAGAAUAUCUACUCGAAGCCACAUCGGAUAGUUCUCCACCUAAUACCUUCCAUCUCCUGGAGUCACUAUCAUUAUGUACCUUACCAAGGUUCACUGGCAUAUGUAAUUCCACGGAUUCAGUUGAGAUUACAUUGACAAAGCAAGAUCAGAAGCAAAAUGUGAGUGAGGCUGAAAAUCAAACGAAGAUGUUGUCUCUGAUUCCACACAACUUGAUUGGAAGUUUGGAAAAUCUACAAGAACUUUUUGCAUGUCAAUGUGAUUUAUUGGAAGUGAUAUUUGAACUUGAGGGACUAAAUGCUGAAGAAAGCAAUAUCUUCAACAAUUUGACAAAGUUGUGCUUAAGUUCUUUACCGAAGCUGCUGCAUAUAUGGAAGAAAGGCCCACGAGAAAUUAAGGGAUUCAAUUACUUGAGAUGUCUAGAAGUAUAUGAAUGCCAUAGUUUGAAAUGUUUAUUCACACCAUCCAUAGCAAAACUUCUUGUGAAAUUAGAGCGCAUAGCCGUAUGUCAUUGCAAUGAAAUGGAAGAAAUCCUUGCAAAAGAACCGGGAGAUGAAGAGAAUAGAGAUGUGAUUGCAUUUCCUCUAGUGGAGUCCAUACAGCUCAGAAAUUUACCAAAGUUGGAAUGUUUUUACAACGAAGAUAAUCAUGCUUUUGAAUGGCCAUCUCUGAAUACAAUAACAAUAACUGGAUGCCCCAAAUUAAAAAUGUUUGUUUCAACAAGUACAAAAACACCUAAGCUAAAGAGAGUGUUUAUGGGAGACAGAGGUUAUCAACCAAUGAUAGAAGGAGACCUCAAUGCCAUCAUACAACACAUUAGCAAGGAAAAGGUACUACUCAGAACACCCUUUGUGGCUGGUCGACAUUGCUGAAACUCUUUGAAAACUGUGUUUUGUGAUGCUAUUAUGUGUUGUUGGAAUUGCAGAUUUUAUGUGGAUGGUUUUUGUAACUUAGUAUAUGGAUGAUUUUUGCAACCUGGUAUGAUAGAUCUGAGUUUUUUUAUUUAGCAUAAAAGAUGUGUGUAUUGUACGAAUUGGGUUGUAAUCUGGGUGUUUCUUUUUGUGCUGUUGUUAUGUGGUUUUGACAUGAGCACAAGUAUGUUGCUAGACAUGGUAAUUUCUUGUUGGAAGUGCAGAUUUGUGUAGGUGUUUUUUGUAA